AUGAAGUGCGUAAUGAAUUUGAUGAAAACUUCUCUUUUUUUGGUGUGGGCCUGCUCUGCAAUGGCCUGGGCCGGCCAAGACAACAUCCCCUCCCUAAGCAAGGAGUAUGUGGCGUCUGUGAAGCAGACUCUGCCUGUGUCCCACGAGUUUCUUCUGCAUCUGCACGCCAAAAACGUGAUAAGUCUUAGAUGCACAAAGAAGCAUGUUGACUACUUUUAUUUUGUAACACAAUCCCCGCUCGACGUGGGCGGGAGCCCGUGGUAUCUGAAGACCCAGAUUGUUUCCAUGCACGACGCGAUAACCCGAAUCACAGAGGUUAUGAGCGCAAACCUUGCAAAGAAAAAGGGGGAGAGCGCGCAGUCUUCUUUGCCAGUUUCCAGCGAGGCCGAGAGAAAAAAGGAGGUUGUGAACGUGCAGAAGAGCUACUGGCUUGGGUACUUUUUGCUGUCUGCGAUGUACACCUCUGAGUUUCUGGACAGAGUCGAGGUUUCCAACAACCGCAUAUCCAUCAGGCGGACAAGCCCGGACGAGGCAGCGUAUAUUGCGUUUCUAAUGAAUUUCAGCAACAAAAUAGAUAACAGCUUCAUAAACCCAAGCCAGAUCGGCAAGAGUAUGCAAUUCCUAAACGACUAUGGGCUCUUUGAAACAUCGGAUUGGAUAUUCGAAAUCUACAGGAUUUUUGGCAGGAACGCGCCAGCCCAAGACAGGGACAGAUACAUGAAAAGGCUGCUGGAAGACCCGUAUGUGGUUGAAGUGUUUUCGAUGUUCAGGCAGUACUUGAAAAACACCGAUCUUGUGCAGUGCGUGAUUUUUGACAGACACAACACGGUGACUGCCAUGAACCGUGGAGCUGUUCUGGAGUAUUCUCGCACAGCUGCGCAGAAGGCGGAUUCGCAGGCAAACAUGGAUGCUAUUGCGCAGCUGCUGGCUGGAGAAGGCGCUAAACGCGCGCCAAGCGCUGCUGUGUUUAACCCGCUUAGUGUGGUGCUGGAAAACGAGCAGAGCGGCUCUGUGCUUGAUGCCGGGCUGGACAGCUCUGACGCAGCCCAGAAGGCUGUGCUCAACGUGGAUGAGGAGGAAAAAGGCGCGGAGCCCAAGAAAGUGAGCUGGAUAAGAAAGGCCUUUGGCGGCGGAGGAAAGAACAAGUCGCUGGAAAAGAAGGAAAAAAAGGAGAAGAAAGGAAAAGAGGAAAAGCUGAAGUCAGAUAAACAUGUGAUAGAUAGCAUUCUAAAGGAAGGCCAGUCUUCGGAUGCUCUUUCCCUAGGCGACAAGCUCAGCAGCAUGGAGGAGAUAAAGAAGGGCCUUGACCUGCUUGAUCUUCCAGACACUACACAAGGGCAGUCGUCGCACGGGCCGCUCACAGUAAACACUGGCAUGCAGGAGAUGGGCCUUGGAGGCAGCUUCCACGUGCCCGAGCUGUCACAGGAGCUGCAGGCACCACACAACGUGCCAAAAAGCCGAUAUGGCAAUGACGCGCGCCAUCGCCCCGAAGGGUAUGCUUUUGACUUUUUGCGGGAAGAGCGAAAAUCUGCGCAAUCUGGGCCUGCUGUUUAUGAAAGUGCAGAAGAACCGCUUGUGAAAACCAAUGCAAAAGGCUUGCAGAGCUCAGUCGUAAAGAAGGCCCCGCAGGAGUUUGUGGACAGCGCUGAGCCGACGCUGGAGGCCAUGGAGGGGGGCAAGAUAGAGUAUGCGCGCUCUCUGAGCCCCAUAGAGGAAGCCAUUUUCGAUUCGCUUGACGAAGAAGACUCUCUUGAAAGCAACCCACACUUGGCUGAUGUUUUAAACGCAAACAAUAUUGGCUGGGGCAACGAAGGCUUGCUCAUCCGCCGAACGCCGUGCCCGUCUGAGUGCACAUGCCCUGUUUCAACUGAAACAAAGAAAAAGUACUAUGAAAUAGCACAGACCAUCGCGGAUAGCGAAGAGAGUCCGCAGAUCGUUUUUCAGCAGCAAGUCCUUGGCGGGGCACAGGCCAUGGAAGGCAUAGUUGGCAUACACGGCGAGACGAAUGAGGAGGCUCAGAUCUACAUGCAGAAUGUGGGGAGCGCGGCAGUCCGAAACACGCACACCUUUAGUGAAUCGGAUAGCUCUUUCCGCUCGCAGCAUACGACCGACUUAGACUACCGGCAAAGCCAGGUUGAAGGGUAUGGGCAAGUCUGA